CCCUGGCGCCCGGGUCCCUUUAAAUCCGGCCGGCCGGUUGCUAGGCAACGGCGCGGCCCGCGCUGGCGCUGCACUGCAGAGGCUCUGCCCCGCGCCGGCCGGGCCGGGUCGCGGUGGCCAGCGCCGAGCCCAGGGCUGCCGCCCGCCGGUGGUGGCUGGCUUCGGGGAAGAGGGGCCAGGGCCCGCCGGACCCCACCCACAUCUCCAGUUCACACUGGAGAAGGAGAGCAACAGCAUCCAACAGAAGACCUUGGACGUCAGAGAGUGAAUUGGAAGACGUACCUGGAGAAAUGGAUGCUAGAAGAAAACACUGGAAGGAGAAUAUGUUUGCUCCUUUUUUUAGUGCACAGGAUGUUCUAGAUGAGGCUUCUCAGCCUGAAUCUUCUUGUGAACAAAUGACUUUAGAUAAAGCCAAUAGAAUAGAAGGGCUUUUUAAUUUGUCCAGUAGAAAGUUUCAAGAAGAAAAUAAAUUUAAGAGGAAGGAAUUUAUUUCUCAACUGAAUGAAAAAGAACAAGAACCAAAUUUAAGAGAGAGAAAGAUAAACAUUUCAAAGAAUGAAGCUGACACAAAUUCUGUCUCCUGUGAAUCAUCUAAUUUGGAUGUGGUGACCGAAGAAAGCUUUAAUAGCACAGAAGAUCAUUCUAUCUGGAGUACAAAGGAAUUACCCAUCCUACCAAGACAAGAGGUGAAGAAGAAAUUUACUGAAGGAAUGUCUCCCAAACUCCGCCUGAAUCUUUUGAAUGAAGAACUGGAAGAACUUAACAUGAAAUGCAGGAAAAUAGAAGAGGAAUUUGAAAAUGCUGAAAAAGAACUUUUGAACUCCAAAAGAGAAGUCUCCUCAAAACCCCUAAGGUUUCAGGAAACAGGCGGAGAAACUUCGAAGAAAGACUGGGAGCUUCAAGCUUUAAGAAAUGACCUAUCUGAAAAAGCGACAAAUGUCCAAAACCUAACUGAAGAGCUCCAGCAAGCCAAAGAACUCAUCCACAGGCUGAGUCUAGAGAACAGAAAUUUAAAAGAGGCCGUUAGGAAACUCAAGCGUCAAACUGAGAUCGGAAACGUGCUCCUGAAGGAAGAAAUGAAACUGUAUUAUGAAUUAGAGAUGGAAAAGAUCCGCGGGGAGCUGGAUGCCAUCAAGAAUGAGCUGAGAGCCGAGAAGACCCUGCAAGCAAGAAAUAACAGGGCCCUGGAGUUGCUUAGGAAACACUUUGCUUCCGUGACAUCAUCAAGUACCCUGGACAGCUUGACAGAGGAUUUUUUUUAAAAGUCAAAAAAUAAAAAAAAAAAAGCCUUUUCAUGAGGCGAAUCAUGGAGCCAAA